GAACUUCCCAAACAAAACAGAGGCUAGGCUUAUCCUUAUCGAAAAUUUUAGUGUCCGUGUGUCUGUGUGUCCGCGUCCACAGCCUCCACACGCUAUCUAAUGGCGAGAUAAGAGAUAAGAGAUGAGGAGAGCACGUGAGAUCAGGCAGUGAGAGAGAGAGAGAGUUGUAUAGAGGGAGGGAGAGAGGGAGUGUGUGUGUGUGUGUGUGUGUGUGUGUGUGUGUGUGUGUGUGUGUGCGAGAAUAAAAAAUAAAUAGAAAAUGCGAUGAAUUGAAAUAGGAGGAGGAAGAGGAGAAGAUUUGAUAAAGAAGAGGAAGAGGAGGAGGAGGAAGAGCAGAAGAGAGAAGAUUUGAUAAAGCAGAACAGUAGAAAAAGAAGAAGAAGAAGAGAGAGAGAGAGAGAGAGAGAGAGAGAGAGAGAGAGAGAGAGAGAGAGAUUGUGUGCACGUUUGCUCGUGUGUACACAUAACCACACACAAACACACACACACACACACACAAACACACACACACACACACAAUGACAGAACACACGCACAGUCUCUCACACACACACACACACUCGUGGCCCCGCGCACCUCCAGUCUGAACAAUGUGCGUGUGUGUGCGUGCGUGUGUGUGGGUGUGGGUGUGUGUGUUGGCGUGGGGGGGCGUGGAGGGGGGGGCGUCCUGCAACAAGACCAGACAGGUGCUGACGGACAAAUAUGGAGUCAUUAGUGAUGGUCCCGGGAACUACAGCCAAGCCUCUCAUUGUCAGUGGCUUGUUAAAGCCGAGGCAGGGCAGCACAUCACUCUCAACAUUACAAAGAUGGAAACUGAAUGCUCCUAUGACCACCUGUACAUCCAUGACGGUCACACAUUUGACGCGCCGCUGCUUGGGGUGUUCAGCGGGAACACUACACCACCCCCUCUUACCGCAGCCUCCGGGGCGAUGCUAAUUAUGCUUUAUUCUGACACAAAUUAUGCUCUAGCGGGAUUUGAAGCUUUUUACUUCAUAACUGACUGCCCCCUGAACUGCUCGGGCCACGGGAAGUGUGUCUCGGGGCAGUGCCAGUGUGACCUUGACUUCACCGGCCCUGGGUGUGAGUUUGAGCACUGCCCCGACAACUGUGGCCUGGGUCAGCGUCGUGGUCACUGUGCCAAGUCUCCGCGUACCCUGGGUGCCCCCCGCCCUGCCCCAUACUGCAUGUGUAGCAAUGAGUAUUAUGGAGAUAGCUGUUCUCUGUACGAUGGGGGUGAUGGGGGUGAUGGGGCCUUUGCCGGUGAAGAGGGGGCGUGGUACUGGCUGUGGAGAGGCGCAGGGCCGGGCCGAGGCAGGACGAGCCACGCUGCGGUCUACCUCCCCCAUCUAGACCAGCUGUUUGUGUACGGUGGCUUUGACCUGAACGAGGCGCUGGGAGAUUUAAUGAUAUUUGACAUCAGGGAGAGCUUGUGGCUUAAACCGGGUGAUCCUGCUGAUGAGGAGCUGCUUAACAGGCGGAAGAAGGCCCGGCAGACUGCGCGGAUGACUGCCAAGGAGCGAGAGAGCAUCCGUUUAACCGCCACGAGUCCGCAGAGCCAGACAUCCACCCGGUUUGAUCACCUGACGUUCUCCAAAUCAGGGAACAAUACCGUCAGCGUUAAACGAACCAGGAGAAACACACCGGGUGACGCGGCCUCUGCAGGGGGUGGGGGGGCGCAAGAGGGGCGUCCCAGCUCCCCGCCCCCAUCCCCUGGCCCACGUUACGGCCACGCGAUGGAGAGAUUUGGCUUCCAUUUUGUUCUCUUUGGUGGUAAAACUGAUAAAGGAGAAGUUAGUAACGAGCUUUGGCUGUACAACACAACACUAAAUACUUGGCGGUUGAUAGCCCCGACCACCACUACCGCUAAAACCACCUCUACCGGCCAAACCACCGCCCCUACCACUCCGGCGGGCGGUGAGGAGACGGCUGAGACGUCGGACCACCCACCCGAUCCGCCAGAACCACCCAUGGAUGACCAGCCGCCCGGUUUGAUGCAUGCAAGCUUGACCCUAGUUGAUGAAAAAUGGAUCUACUUAUUCGGAGGAAGCUUACCACACGGGGAGUUUUCCAGCCUCAUGUUUCGUAUGGAUCUAACGAGUCUGCGGGUUUGGGAGCGGGUGUUAGUCCUUGGUGGCAGUGAGCUGGAUGUGCGGGUGGUUGGUCACUCAACCGUCUACCAUGCCCAGACCAGGUCACUCUUGGUUUAUGGUGGAAUACGGGUCAAUAUGGCCAGGUUCUCCAAUCUGACAGACCAGCUACUGAUAUUCAGCAUUGAUCAUCAGUUCUGGUCUCUGGUGCAGUACCCGAGGCCAAGGGGGAGGCACUCAGACAGACACAUCCCUCUCAAACGAGCCUUCCACUCAGCUGUCAUUGCAGGCACUUACAUGGUGGUGAUGGGUGGUUACGUACACAUCCACAACGAGGACGAGAGGUGUUACGAUCAAGAGGUGUACCUGUACCACCUGGGCUGUCACGUCUGGGUGUCCCACAAGAGGUCACAUGCUGCUGGUGGUGGCGGUGGUGGUGGUGAUGCUACUGGUGCUACUGGGUCUUCUGGGCAGUACCCCAGGGCCCAGGGGGUGUACGGCCACUCUCUGUCACUGCGAGGGGGGAACACGCUCCUGGUGGUGGCAGGGUUCCAGGGGUCAGUCAACACCCAGGUGCUUGCCUACACACUCCCCUCCACUCUGGUGUCCGCUGAGGGUCAAAGGUUUGACUCUGACCAAGCCUGCCGUCGCCACACGUCACAGGAGUGGUGUGUGGCCAGCCUGGGGUGUGGGUGGUGUCCCGCAGACAACAUUUGUUAUGAGCGUUCCCGCGGGGCGCGCUGCACUAAUAACCUGCAGACCUACGACUGCCCCGGCCUGUGCCCCGCCCUGCAGACCUGCCAGUCCUGCUUGGUGCACGGGGGCGGCCCCUGCUCCUGGUGCGUGCAGGCGGGGCGGUGCACUGGGCGGGACCAGGCGGCAGGGGGCUGGCCGGGGCGCUGCGGGGCGGACGCUCCUCUGACCUGGUGGGGCGGCCUGGCUGGGGAGGUGCAGACCCCGGGCGACUGUCGGGGUCAGGACCGUCGCCCCGGCAUCACCCUAGUCCGUCACUUCCCCCCGGUUGACCUGAAACGACCCGAUUCGGUGUCGCUUUUAAACCACAGCUGGACUGACCUGUCGUACCGGGAAGAAUUCUCCGGGGCGAUGUCUCUGCUGCGGCCUGGCCCCGUUGUCACGCUGCUUGCUGCCUUCCUGCACACCCCAGAGACCGGGGCUGACCGGGGCCUGUCGCUGGAGGCCAAAGCUGCGAAUGCCUCUCUGUGGGUGUCUGGGGACGAGCCGGGCGGGGAUGAGGGGGAGGCGCAGGGCAGGGAGUUAGUCGCAGAGCUUGAGGCAGGACCCACAAAGGAGGCAGCCUCAGCGAAACGCCCCGAUGGAAGCCAGCUGCUCACCCCGGGGGGCAGACAGCUCAUCGAGGCUAAGGCGUGGCUCAAACCGGGGGCAGCGGGGCACCUGAGUCUGUCCUGGGGCGGGGCGGACCGGGGCACACUCUCGUAUCGCCACCUGGAGCCGUACAGCCAAGGCGGCGCGCACUGCCUGCCCCACGACACAUGUUUGGCCUGCCUCACCGACUCCCUCUGCCAGUGGUGCCCGAAAACCGCCUCCUGCCUGCCCCGUGACGACCCAGAGGCGGUGUGUGGGGGCGGGGCGGGGCAACAAGACCCCACAAGCCCUGACACCCCCCAUCACUUCCCCAUUCUGGACCUAGAGGAGUGUGGGACCUGCGAACUGCACAUCUAUUGCAGUGCCUGUCUGGCGGCGGGCUGUGAAUGGGUACCAGAUAACGCCCACUGCUCGCGCUGGGGCAGGUUUCCCGGGGCUGUCACUGUGCCCCACAACUGCCCCCCACCCUGUCAUGACCGCCUGACCUGUGCUUCUUGCCUUGGGGUGCCUGGCCGCUGUGCUUGGUGUAGUGAAACGAAGGAAUGCUUUUUGUUCUCGGUCUACACGUCUGUCUACCAAUACGGGUCCUGUCGUGUUUGGCUUGAUGAAGAUCACACAAAUAUUACUGCUCCUGCUACUACUACUACUACUACUGCUGCUACUACUGCUACUGGGACUACUGGUGCUUCGAUGCCCCUCCUGGCCCCAACUGCCCCCCCUGAGGUGCUGCCACUCCCCCAAAGGCUGGCACUGGAGUCUGCGGAGUGCCACGUGUGUGAGGCCAUCAGUGACUGCGAGACAUGCGUACGUACACUCUCCUGCGGGUGGUGUCAUCAUGGCCACAACUUUACCCUUGGUCUCUGCACUGAGGGGGACUUCACUAGGCCACACAGGGGAACAUGCCAAAUACUGCUGGAGGAGGCUGCCACCACCGCCACCACCACCCCAAGCCCCCUCACAGCACAGGGGGGGCACUUGGGGGCUGAAUGGGCCUACGCAAGAUGCCCAGACCUUGACGAGUGUAAAUUAGGGUUGGAUAACUGCCAUGUGAAUGCCACCUGUCGGAACAAGGACCCUGGUUACGACUGCCAAUGCGAACGAGGCUUUGAAGGGGAUGGCAGGAAGACUUGUGAGAGAACGUGCUACGAGAGGUGUGUGCACGGCUACUGCUCCGGCAAACCCGACUACAGGUGUGUGUGUCAGCUUGGGUGGACUGGCAUGGAUUGUAGUGCAGAUUGUGGAUGCAACAACCACUCCACCUGCUCCAUAAGUGGCCCUGGUACCUGUGACGAGUGCCAGGACUGGACCACUGGGGAACACUGCCACCUGUGCAAGCCAGGCAGUUACGGGAAUGCCACCACAGCUCAGGGAUGUCAGAAAUGCCAGUGUAACAGCCACUGGGACACCGAACGAGGCUACUGCGACCUUAGUACUGGCGAUUGCUUCUGUCUGCACCACACCACUGGACACCACUGCCACCUGUGUCUGCCUGGGUACUACGGUGACCCCAGGGAGGGAGGUCACUGCUACAGAGAGUGUGGGGCAAGAACAGUCCUUACAGGUGGAGGCAGAGGUCACCUGGGGGCACAGGUCAGGGGGCCAGAUAACCCUUCCUCCUGUCUGUGGGUCAUUAAUGCCAGCACCCUCUUCCCCCCACUCCCCCCCACAACACAGGAGCCCCCCACACCCCCCACUGACUCCUCCCUCCCCCCUGGUUCUGCUGGUGGUGGUGGUGAUGAUGGUGAUGGUGGUGAUGGGCAGCAAGUAAUACAAGUGACGAUUGAGGCCACAAACAUUGACUGCGAUGACGGAAUUUUACAAAUUUACGACGACCUGCCCCAGUUCAUCUCAGGGUCGCCCACGCCUCACGCCCCCACAGGUCACCUCGUCGGGGCCUUCUGCCACAACCAGGCCACAUUCCCUGCCACAGUCGAGGCCACAUCAGGAAUUAUGACCAUCUAUUACGAACGAAAUGGGUCGCAGCAAGGUUUUAAUGCGACGUAUGAGGUGUUGUCCUGCCCUGAGAACCCUGGGCCGCGGAGGGUGUGUGUCGAGGGGCGCCCCGUGUGUGGAGAGGGGUGGAGGGGCGUCCGGUGUGACCUCCCUGUCUGCCCUGGUGGGUGUGGUCAGGGGGAGGGCCGGGGCACCUGUCUGUUGGGAUAUGGCAGAUGCAAUUGCAGUCAAGGAUUUGUGGGAGAGCAAUGUCAGCUGGAGAAAUUUGAGUACCAGGUGGUGGUGAGCCAGCUGGUGGGGGCGGCGCGGGUGGGGCCCGGCGACCCCCACCUGGCCACAGUCCUGCAGCGGCUUGGUCACUCCCUCGUGGUGGACCAGGGGGGGUCACUCUGGGUGUUCGGCGGGCUGUCCCUGCGGCGGGGUGCUCUCAAUGACUUGCAGAGGUUCGACCCUCAUAACACCACCAGCAUUUGGCAGCAGGUGACCGUGACGCUGCAGCCAGGGCGCGGCAAACAGGCGCCUCCGUCGCGGUACCUGCACGGCGCGGCGUACGUGCCAGGGCGCGGCCACAUGUACGUGUACGGCGGCCUCAACCGCUCCCACUUCCUGGGAGACUUCUGGCGGUUCAGCAUGGACAGCAGUGCCUGGGCCAGCGUGCCCACGCCCGCCGCACUGCCCCCACUGGCCGGCCACACCCUGACGUACCGCGGCCAGCAGGAGGCCGCCUCGCUGCUGUUGGUGGGCGGCGCGUCCCCGCAGUACGGCUUCCUGGAGGCUCCGUGGGAGUACAGCGUGGCCACCGGGCGGUGGGCGCGGCUUGACACCUCCGGCACGGCCCCCGUGGGCGUGUACGGCCACAGCGCGGUGUACCACGAGGCCAGCGGCGCCCUCUACGUGUACGGCGGCCACUGCUUCAAGCUGCACGGCGUAGCGCUCUGCCGCGACCUGUACGCCCUGCACUACGCGCGCCGCCGCUGGGCGCUGCUGUCCCCCCGGCCCUCCCCCGCCACGCGUGGCCCGCCCCCGCCACCCCCACGGGCAUUCCACGCCGCCGUCACCACGCCAGACUACAUGGUUGUACUGGGGGGCCAGGUGGCAGCGCCCCCCGCGCCCGCCCAUGCCCUGCUGGCCUACUCCUACACCUGCAACGCGUGGCUGCCCCUCGCGCCGCCCAACGCCGCCCUGGUGGGCCCCGCCCUCACGCCCCCCGUGGCCACGGCCGCCGCCGCCACCUCCGCCACCGCCGCGCCGCCCGCCAUGUACCUGUUCGGCGGGUACAACGGCACGGCGCUGGGGUCACUGCUGCAGGUGUGGGUGCCUGCUGACCUGUGCGCCCUCAACGCCAACCAGUCGCAGUGCAAGAGCGUGGCGGGCUGCGCCAGCUGCGUGGUGGUGGGGCGCGGCCCCGCCAAUGCCUCCCUCUGCUACAACAACGCUGGGGAGGAGCCGCAGCUGUGCCGCGCCGCCACGGAGAAGCAGGUGGUGGUGGGCGUGCCCUGCGCCGCGCCAUCGCGCCACGACCCGGCCUGCGAGCAGCGAGAGUCCUGCGCGGCGUGCCUGGGGGAUUGGCCGCCGCGCCCCGACGCGCAGCAGCGGUGCCAGUGGUGCCACAGCCUGGCGCGGGGCCGCUGCGUGCCCCGCGACGCCGACUGCCCCCGCGAGGAGGUGUGCCAGGGCGGGGGCGGCGCGGGCAGCGGGUGCCACAGCGUGCGCGAGGCGGAGCAGUGCCAGGAGGCGGCGUGCGUGGCGUCUGACUGCGACAAGUGCCAGGGGCCACGGGCGUGCAUCUGGACGCGGCAGGUGCGGCGCAGGAAGCAGGUGGGGCACUACGACCUGCAGGAGACGCCCUCACUCAACUGGAACUGCGUGAACACCACCAUCCAGCAGCACCUCUCCUACCCCGUGGAGUCCUCGCCCCCAGGCUCCUGCCCCGAGCGCUGCCACCGCCACGCCUCCUGCGCCGCCUGCCUGGCCGCCACGGGCGCCGAGGGCGGCUGGCACGAGUGCCGCUGGUCCCCCGCCCUGCAGGAGUGUCUGUCCCCCAGCUACGUACCGCUGCGCUGCCUGGGGGGCGCCUGCGGCCUGGUGCUGGCGGGCGGCCCCGACCAGUGCCCGCCGCCCUGCAGCGCCUUCACGCAGUGCGCGCAGUGCUUGGCGCAGCCCCGCUGUGGCUGGUGCGCCCUGCCCUCCCCAGUGGGCGGCCUGGGGCGCUGCGUGGCGGGCAGCCUGCGCGGCCCCGACCUGGCCAACUGCACCGCGCUGGACUACAGUGACCUUCUGGCCGCCAUGCAGGCCAACGACUCCCUGGCCACCCUUCACGCCCUGCCCCCCGCGGGCCAGGCGCCCCCGCAGCCCCGGCCCUCGUGGCACUACCUGACGUGCCCCCCGGAAGAUGAGUGCCGCAACGGGCACCACGAGUGCCGCCCUGCCAGCCAGACCUGCCGCGACCUACCGCGCGGCUACCAGUGCGUGUGUGCCGCAGGCUACAACAUGACGGCGCCCGGCCACUGCGCCCCCGUGUGCUCCCAGGGGUGUGAGCGCGGCACCUGCGUGCUGCCGGACGUGUGCGCCUGCCACUUCGGCUACGUUGGCGCCAACUGCUCCACGCAGUGCCUGUGUCACGGCCAUUCCAACUGUGCCGGGCCCGACCAGCUGGAGGUGUGCCUGCAGUGCCACAACAACACCACGGGCGCCACCUGCCACCUCUGCAGCCCGCGCUUCGUGGGCGACCCCGCCAAGGGCGUGCCGUGCGUGUCCUGCCGCCAGCACUGCCACGGCCACGCCACCCUGUGUGUGGCGCCGGACCAGGCCGCCGCCGCAGCCGCCGCCGCCGCCGCGGGGGGCAACGCGUCGCUGGCAGGAGAGGAGGGCACGGAGGCGCCGGAGCCGCCGCCUCACGGCCCUGGGGAGGACGCGGAGUGUGUGCAGUGCGCCAACAACACCGCGGGGCGGCGCUGCCAGACCUGCCUGGAGGGGUUCUUCCGCGGCAGUGAGGACCUGUCUUGGGGGUGCCGCCCCUGCCAGUGCAACGGGCACGGCAGCACGUGUGACGCGGUGUGGGGCACAGGGUGUGACUGCGGCAACAACACGGAGACGGACAAGCAGUGCCUGGAGGGCGGCAAGGGGCGGGGCGGCGCGGGGGAGCGUGACGAGGAGUGCUGGCAGCACCAGUGUGCCAAGUGUGCCGACGCCUACCUGGGCAGCCCUAGUGGCGGCCACCAGUGCUACCUGCAGAUGAACGUGGACAAGGACUACUGCCUGGACCCAGAGGGCCAGAGCCAGUGCAGCUCUGGCCCCGCGCCGCUGCCGCCGCGCCGCACGGUCUUCUUCGCCGUGCAGCCAAAGUUCAUGAACGUGGACAUCCGCCUCGUGCUGGACGUCACGGAGGGCGGCGCCGACGUCUUCUUCAGCUCCCGCGGCGACGCCUUCGUGGUGCUCCGCCCCGCCCCGGCGCCGCGCCCGUCCUCACCAUCGAUCCGCAGUACCUGCGCGGCGCGGGCGUGGGCGGCGGGGAAGACUCGCGGCGCGGCGGUGGCGGUGGGCGGCGGCGGCGGCGGCGGCGGCGGCGGUGGUAGCGGCGACGGCGGCAACGGCACGGUGGAGAGCCGUCUGGUGCAGCGCGAGGGGCGCGGCCUGAAGACCUUCGCCACGGUGACGCGCGCCGCGGAGAUCCUGGUGGUGCGCAACGUGACCAACCGCCUGGUGGUGACGCUGCCGCAGCACCACCACGACCUGCGCUCCGCCAAGUUCUACCUGGCGGUGCAGGGCGUGGGGCGGCCGGGGCGGCCCCUCACCUGGGGCAGCGUGUUCUUCCGCCAGGACCAGCCGCGCAUCGACCUGUUCGUGUUCUUCUCAGUGUUCUUCUCCUGCUUCUUCCUGUUCCUGGCAGUGUGCGUGGUGGCGUGGAAGGUGAAGCAGGGCCUCGACCUGCAGCGGCUGCGGCGCCAGCACAUGGUGCAGAUGCUGCACAUGGCCAAGCGCCCCUGCGCCGCCACCACGCUGCUGCUGCACGCAGAGGACGCGCCGGAGCCGCCGGUGGACCACACGCUGUGGUCUCCGGGGCGCAGGAAGCGCGCCGCCAAGCGGGAGCGGGACGGCCUGCAGGUGGGGCCGCUGGCGGUGGAGCCCACGGACGACGGCGUGGCGGCGGUGCUCACACUCAUGGUGCAGCUGCCCGGGGGCGGCCUGGGGGGCGCCGCGCCCAACCCCCACGCCCCCACGCACCGGCUGGCCCUCGGCUCCUCCCUCUGCCUCAUGUCCCGCAUCUUCCCCCCCGCCUCACGCCCCUUCCACCUCCGCCGCCGCACCUCGCACCUCGCGCCCUGAACGCGCCGCGCACACCACACGCACGCACGCACGCACACCCACGCACACCCACACGCACGCACACACCCACGCACAUAGAAACCCAGCUACUACCACCACCAUCACCACCACCGCCAUGAAAACACACACACUGACACGUGACUGUCCACCCCCCCUCCCCCCCCACACACACACACACACACACACACACACACACACACACACACACACACACACACACACACACACACACACACACACACACAACUGUAAUUAUUUUCGGUAUUAGUAUUAUUAUUUUAUUUGCUGUGAUAAAGGAGAGAGAGAGAGAGAGAGAGAGAGAGAGAGAGAGAGAGAGAGAGAGAGAGAGAGAGAGAGAGAGAGAGAGAGAGAGAGAGAGAUUUUGUUUCUUUGUAAAUAUUUUAGUUUUUAAGUUUAUUUCUUCUUCUUCUUCUUCUUCUUUAGUUUUAUUCCAAAAAGUGUGUGUGUGUGUGUGUGUGUGUGUGUGUGUGUGUGUGUGUGUGUGUGUGUGUGUGUGUGUGUGUGUGUGUGUGUGUGUGUGUCGCCACGAAUCUCAUAUUGUAUAUAAUUAUGUGAUUGAGAGAGAGAGAGAGAGAGAGAGAGAGAGAGAGAGAGAGAGAGAGAGAGAGAGAGAGAGAGAGAGAGAGAGAGAGAGAGAGAUCCCGCACGUUUUAAUGGAAAAUAAUAGUAAUAAUAAUAAUAAUAAUAAUAAUAAUAAUAAUAAUAAUAAUAAUAAUAAUAAUAAUAAUAAUAAUAAUAAAAAGAUACAUAGCAUUUUUCCGUCUGUCUGUCUGUCUGUAUGUCACGCAAACAGACAGACAGACAGACAGACAGACAGACAGACAGACAGACAGACAGACAGACAUAGAGAAUCUCAUUAGAAUAACAAAAAACAUUAUUAUUAUUAUUAUUAUCAUUAUUAUUAUUAUUAUUAUUAUUAUUAUUAUUAUUAUUAUUAUUAUUAUUAUUAUUAUUAUUUUCGUGAUUUAUUUAGAAUUUCGAUUUUAAUCAUCACUACCACCACUACUACUAUUACUACUACUACUACUACUACUACUAUUUUUUUCUUUUCGUUUUUUCGGUUUUUCUCGUUUUUUUCGUUUUUUUUUCGUUUUUAAUCACCACCACCACCACCACCACUACUACUACUACUACUACUACUACUACUACUACUACUACUACUACUACUACUACUACUACUACUACUAUUGUAUAUUGUAUAGUGUAUGUGUGUACGUGUGUAUGUAUAUUAAUGUAUACUAGUUGUUACAGUAGUGAAGAUUAUAAUAGAAAAAAAAAAUUAUUAUUAUUAUUAUUAUUAUUAUUAUUAUUAUUAUUAUUAUUAUUAUUAUUAUUAUUAUUAUUAUUAUUAUUACUAUUAUCAUCACUACCAGUCCGUCAGCUAUUACUAUUAACUCUGUAAAUAGUACCAAUAGUCCACUUGAUAUUAGUAGUCAAGAUGUAGUCAACUUGUUAUGAUAGUCAAGAUGGUUUAUUCUGUGUCCGCGCAGCUACGCCCAUCCGCACAUUGCGCAGCUCCCUCGCGUUAUCCGUAAAAUGCGCAGGUCCCAUAGAUUUCUAAAAUGCCCUGAAAUAUAUUGAGCUUAAUGUUGAAAAUACUCAAAUUUUUCUUUCUUUCUUUUAUUUUAUUUUUCUUAUUUUCUUUCUCUCUGUCUUUCUGUCUUGUUAAAUCUUUCGUUUUCUUUUCUCUCUUUCUCUUUUUUUUUUCUCUCUCUCUCUCUUCUAACUUAUCUACUUAAAACUCAAUAAUAUACUUUUUUCUAACUUUUUUUUUUUUUUCAUUACUUUUUUUCUAUCUCUCUCUCUCUCUCUCUCUCUCUCUCUCUCUCUCUCUCUCUCUCUCUCUCUCUCUCUCUCUCUCUCUCUCUCUCUCUCUCUCUCUCUCCUAUCUUUACUUAAAACUCACUAAUAGAAUUUUUCCCUCUUUUCUUUCGCUAACUUAAAAAAAAAAAUAAAUAAACUCAAAAAUUCUCUCCUAACUUAACUACUUAAAAAAAAACACAUCUUCUCUUCUCCCUUCCUAACUUUGCAAAACUCGAAAUUAAUUAAAAAAAAAUAACAUCAACAAUUUUAAGUCAACCCUUUCACGACUCGGACAGGCCUUACCAAAUGUCUGUCUGUCUGUCUGUCUGUCUGUCUGUCUGUCUGUCUGUCUCUAUUUCCGUCUAUGAAAGCUGUAGAAAUACGAUUUAAGAUAUAACUUCACUAUUAA